AUGUUAGGCAAAAAAUAGAGUUCAUGUGUUGGCUUCAAUCCAUUUAGUAAAUUUACAAAAGAAAAGCCAAGUAUAAGUACGAAAAUCAUCAACAAAUUGAAAAGCUUGUUUUAGGUCAAUUUAAAUCCUUCUUCUUGUAUAUAAAGGGAACUUAUAUCUCAAUAGACAAUAUAUGUUCCUGUAAAUUCAGAAAUAGUUGGAGCUUAAAUAAUAGAGCAAGAUUCCAUAAAAAUAUGCCAUUCACAGAGCAGCCAAAGAUAAAGGAGAAAUAAAAUUACGAGCUUUGAUGAUCAUGUCAAAGAAUAACAAAGUGUAAUACUUCAGUAAAGUGAAAUGUCCUCAAAAGUUUAACAAAAAGAGGAAAAAGAGUUGACAAAGCUGAAUAGUAGAUAUAAAACAUAUUAAGAAUUAGAAUUUAAAUAAAGUUACGAACAUGUUUUGCCUGAGGACAUUGAGAAUUCUGAGAGGAAAGAAAAGAAGGCCAAUCAUCCGCUUCGAAAGCUGAGUUCUCAAAAAUACAAAAAAAGAAAACUUGAUGAGAAAAAGAAAGAAGUGGGUAUUAAAAUUGCACACAAGAAACAUGUAUACGAUAAAAUCUAGGAUAGCAUAAAUGAGAGUAGAAUCUAAGAAGUUUAAGAAUAAAUAAGCGAUGAUUCCCUUAAAAACAACAGUCUUCUAGCAGGCGGGUUAAAAGAGGAGCCAUAAAUUAAAGAAAUAAUUAUAGUUUAAUUAAAUGAUACUAAACCUAAAUAGCCAGAGCCACCAAUGUUGACUAUUAACGAAAUAAUAGAACAUCAAUCUAAAGGCUUAAAGAAAUCCUAGUCAAUGAUUAAUUUGAAUGAAUAGGAAGUAAAGUCAUUUUCUUGCAGUCCUAAAAAAAUUGAAAAUUCCCAAUCCCGAAAACAAUCUGAUGUGAUAAGUAAAAUUAAUGAGCCUAAAGAAUCUGAACAAUAAAAAGAUGAAGUAAUUUAAAAGAAAGAAGAGGAAAAUUAAACAGAAUCAUAAGCGCAACCACAACAAAGUGUUAUUGAUUUUCUAGUAUAAGGACCUGCCAAAUAAGAGAAAACUACAACAUUCCAAAUUAAUUUAAUUAAUAAAGUAGUCCCUGAAGAGAAGAAGCCUUUUGAAUAAUAAGAAAAAAAUAUCAUUAAUUUUUCAGACACUCCUUUGUUUGGUCUUGCAAAGUCUAGUGAAGGUGGACAAAUUCUUGCUAAUAAAAUCAAUGUAUAAUCAUCCUUAUUCCCAUCUUGUGAUUCAAAGGAGUUGAAUCAACAACAAUCAUCUCAUCAAAGUUCAGGUUAAAAUUUGUAAUAAAACUAAUUCACCUUCUAAAAUAAACCGAAUGCUUCUGAAGUUCAACAAUAGCCUUCAAUCUCUGAAUCUUCAAGUUCCAAUGUAAAUAAUAAAAAAGAUUCUACGGAUUAGUAGCCAAAAAUAGAAGAAAAUAAGCAAAUCUUUAGUCUCUUCAAUAAUUUUUCUGGAAAUUAAAACGAUUAGCUCAACACAAACGAUUAAUUCCCUCAUAAGAAACAACUUUUCUUCUAAAAUUUAAGUAAUGUAGUUCAAUCUACAUAAGGAGAACAGAAGGCAGAUAGCAAAUAGGAUUAAGCAGACGAGAGUACAUUGAUACAAUAAAAGCCAGAAGAAUAAAAAUCAGGAUUUCUCUUCUCGGAAUUUAAUCUUCUAAAUCCAAAUGUCAAAAGCUAAGCAGAUAAGAAUAAUAUAACGAUAACCUAAAAGGAACAAGAACAGCCAACUUAAUCACUCCUGUUUUUGUUCAAUCAAAAUGAUAAGAAUAGUAAAGAAAAACCAUCCACUGGUUUAUUUAAUGAUCUUUUAUUGAAAUAAAAUGAUAAAGACAAACCAAAAUCGGAGGCCAACGGUGAAGAAAAACUUCCAUAUUUAGGUAAUAUCCUUAAUGCAUAAAUCAAUCCAGUUCAAGAAAAUAAAGAUGCAACCAAUCCUCCUCUUGCAGUACCAUCAUUAUUUGGUGGAGAUAAUCUUCAUAUUUUAGGAAGUAAAAACAAUACUAUGGAGACUCCAACAAAUUAGGAUUCCAAAUAAUAACAAUAACAAAUUAAUUCUUCUAAAUUGGAAAUCUAAACACCAUUAGCUAAUUCUAUUGGAUUGAAUUGUUAAUGGAAAUCGUCAUCUGAUGAUCACAAAAACAAUUAAUUUAAUAUCAGUAGUGAACCAAAACCUUAAUAAAAGCAAUCUCCUUUUGCAUUUUUGCAAGAUCAACGAAAAACCGACAAUAGUAAAUCUGAGAGUUUGUCUUCUGAUCCAAUAAAUAAAUCAGCGGUAACCCCAGUAAAACCUAUUGAUAAUCCCUUUUUAUAAUAAUCACCCAAAAUCGAUCAAGAACAAAUAAACUCGUACUUUUCAAAUCAAUCUUAAUAGAGUAAAAUUAUUUAGGAUGAUCAGAUUAGAAUUUAGACCUCUCAAUUUAAAAAUGAGCUAUUUUAAUAAUAACAUAACGGACCAUCCAUGUUUCAGUAAACAUCAUAUCCACAGUAAUAACCAUAGUAAACACUACAAUUAUAACCUGCAUAACCAUCGCUAUAUUUCCCAAAUUCCAUCCCCUAAUAGAAUCCAUUAAUGCCAUAAAAUUCAUUACUUUAGUUAAAUACAAAUAAUAAUAACAUGAUGAAUAAUACUAUGAUUAAUAACAAUAUUAUGAAUAAUAAUAAUAUGAUGAAUAACAUGAUGAGUAAUAAUAAUAUGAUGAACAAUAAUGACAUGAAUCAGGAAAUGGAAUUCCCUGAAGCUACUUAAGGUCCUCAACCACUAUUACUUGGACAAUAGUAAUCAUAAUAGUAGACUCCAUUUUCAUCAUAUCGAUAACUUGGAGCACCAGGUUUCCCUCCCUAUAUGCAAUCUCAAAUGUCAGGUACUUAAAAGGCAGUUUCAUUGUUCUAAAACUAAUAACCACCCAUUGAUAUUGGAACAAGUUUAUUUAACCCUGUUAAUCCUACUAAUGGUCUAUUCUCCCAUGAUCAACCUAAGUCGAAUAGUUUAAACAGUAGCUUCACGAGUAAGAAUGGACAAAAAAAGAAAUAAAGAUUUAAUUGAGCUAAGAUAAUAUUAUUUUUUAAUUUAUCAUUAUUUAUUCA